AUGAGUUCCGCAACCGACCCCGUUAAUCUGAGAAUCGGAGUUCCCGCCUCCUUCGAGGGUUCCACCCUCGCAAUCCAAUGUUCCACAGGAGGCUUUGCCUCAGCGAACUUGCGUUAUCAGUGUAAUGAAGCUGCCGGUGCGCUGGUCGUCCUCAAAGACCCAGCCCACAAGACUACCAUGGAGUGCAAGAUGCGCAUCGUCCAAUAUAUCAGAUUACAUCUAUCCAGCUGGCUUGCGUUCGCCAACGACGAGCUCGGGCUCGGUUUGGAGAAGGACAUCAUCUUUGUUUCCGGUUUCACGAAGACUAACAGCAGCGCUAGCGCGGAGCUCGUCGUUUCGGGCGGCGUUCCUUCCGCCUCUGGUGAAUUUCGAGUAUCGUUGUCUCAGUCCCGCGAUACUUGCGUCCAAUCCCGGAUCGGCCCGGCCAGUCGUAAAGCCGCGUGGGGUGGCGAAUCGGAUCCGGUUGAGAAGUGCGACCAGUGCAUCUUUCUCAAUUACUACAAAUCGAAGAGCCGAAAGUUACUUCCCCCGAAGAUCAUCAAGGCAGCCGCUGGUCCAAACGAUCUCAGUCACGACGACGACGACGACGACGACGACGACGACGACGACGACGCGCCCGAGACUUCUUCCUCUUCUUCGGAUGACGAAGACAUCGAUGACGUCGGUGAAAAGCAUCAAGCUGACAUCUCUGAUCUCCAGGAGUACGAACCUGUCAAUUUCGUUCUCGAUUAUAUCUUGAAGCACUCCGACGCUGAGACAGCUUGUGCCUCCGACGCCGAAUUGACCUGUCUUUUCCAGAAUCAGACUCUGCCAAACGAUCUAGGUGCCGCAUUGGAGUCACUGUCCCCGACCAUUUUCGUGGAUGAAGGCGGUACGGGGCGCAUUCAAGCUUCCCCUGAUGUCGGCAAGGAGAUAGCAAUGGCGGCACCGCCUUUUCAGGGCUCCUCUCUAGAGUGUAACCAACGCCACGGCGAAUGUGUUACAUUUGAUGACCUGCUAUGGCGGGAACCCCUCGCAGCGGAUGCUCACUUGGACUCAGAUGACAGCCGCCGGGAGAGUACUGCCGACUUUCCCAAUCCUGUGCACGCUGGGAUGCAGUCGCCCUCAUGUCAGGGCCGUUCAAAGACGUUCAGCAACGUUCCUAGCAGAAGAGCUCUUCUCAUUGGUAUAGGUUACGGCAGCGGCGAACAACGAUUGGUGCUGGAUAAGUACGGAUACCAGAAGGAAAACAUUACGAUAACGUUGGACAACGAUAGCUCCGCCACUGCGAGCUUGCGUCCCACACGAGUAAACAUUUUAAAGGAGAUUGAGAAUUUGGUGCAGUUCGCUCGGCCGGGUUCGGAGUUGGUGUUCUACUGUGAGGCCUCAGUACCGUCUCGUCUUACCCCUGAGGCUGAUGCUCCUAUCAGAUUCUGGACGUGGUUGUCAGAAUGA